AUGUUUGUCACAUCCCGGGAUCGGCUCCGCCGUAGCACGAUAUUGUUCGCUUUGGGCUCCCCUCUCUGCCCUCACGGUUUUGUUUCUGAGAGCUCACAAACAACUUCCCAAUGGGUCACCUAUCCUGGGAUUGCUCUAGCCCAAACUCAUGUGGGAUGUUACAAUGUCAUGCAUGGGGCAUGUAGGAGAUGUGAAAUACUCACUGGGAUUUUUAAUUCCUAA